UACCGCGCACCGGACCAUGGUUUCCUGGCCGCCAGUGCACCAAUAAUAGGGUUGCCGUGCUCCCUUCGCCCAUAUAUAUCCACCCUCCCGCUUUGCAGCUGCACUGAUCUCACCCACCUCUUCCCCCCGCCAAGAGCAGCAGCGAACUGUGAAUUCUAGCUCUGUAGCAGCUCAAGAUCGGGCUUGCUAGAAAAAGCCAUUUUGAGUCUCUUCCCAACCAUACAGGCUACAGCAACACCAUGGCGGCAUCAGUAGCCUGCGCCUUCUUCUUCGACGCCGAGCCGGUGGGCGAGCCGGGCAUGCCGGCGCUGGACGCGUGCGCGCUCUGCGCCAAGCCGCUGGCACGCGACAGCGACGUCUUCAUGUACAGGGGGGACACGCCCUACUGCAGCAAGGAGUGCCGGCACGAGCAGAUGCACCUCGACGCCGUCUCCGCCAGGCAGGCCGCCCGGAGGCUGCAGCGGUUCUCGUCGGGAGCAGAGUCCGGGCGUGCACGCCAGGGGGUGUCCGUCUCGAGCUAACCGGCGAGAGUGCCAAGCGACAUACGUGCCUGACGAAGAAAGGUUAUUAUGCUUGAGCCAGCAUGAUCUCCGUGCACCAAGCCGCUGGUGUCCGUGGUUAGCUGAUCGAGCAGCGCGCGAGGUCGAGGAGACUUGCCAUGCUUGAAGAAGCAAGGGGCGGGUCGCAGGAGUCGCUCACGGCAGGCCGGCGCUGCAUGUGCCGCCUGUCAAGUGAUUUGGGCAUAAACGCAGCGGAAAAGGGGCUGGAUUGGAUCUGAAGAAAGUCAAGCAAACAAGAUUCCCCGCGGUUUAACUUUGAGGCGGUCAUGUCUGCCCCUCAGUUUUUUUCUUUCUGCGUUAUUGUCACUUCUGUACAAGCUCAUUUGCAAUAGCACUCUCGCUCGGUAAACUUUCAAGCGAA